AUUCAUUCCAAUGUAAAAGAGUAAAACAAUAUUAUUUAAAAGAAUAGGCUAUACAUAUGGGUAAAUAUAAACCCAACACCCGCCAACAUUGCACGGUAAUUGAACACGUAAUAAAGUGACACAUAUGAUUAUUCAAUUUUAAGAAGUUAUUUAUGUGUUGUUCUGAGAAGUUAUUAUUGGUUUUGUGGAUCUUCAAAAACAAUCCCAACUUGGGCCGUAAAAGAAUCCUCGUACUACACUAACACCCUAUGACGUGACAAAAUCACUCACUCCCCUUGCUUUUCAUGAGGCAGUGUCGUGUCGCGUUUCAUUUUCAAGGACAACUAAAACAUGGACGUUCGCGACAUGGCAUACCGUUACUUGACCCAACUAACCCACACUUCAGCCACCAAAACCCUAGCACGUGCCAUCCACGCACACAUCAUCACCUCCGGUUUCACACCAAACACUUUCAUCCUAAACCGUCUCAUCAACAUCUACUGCAAAUCCUCCAACAUCACUUACGCACGUAAACUGUUCGACAAAAUUCCCAAACCAGACAUAGUCGCAAGAACCACCCUUCUCUCUGCAUAUUCCUCCUCUGGUAACAUCAAACUCGCCCAAGAACUAUUCAACACCACACCACUCACCAUCCACGACACCGUCAGUUACAAUGCCAUGAUCACCGCUUACUCUCGCGGUAACGAUGGCCACGCUGCUCUUAAACUCUUCCUCCAAAUGAAAAGACUGAGCUUUUUACCUGAUCCUUUUACAUUCUCCAGUGUGUUUUCCGCUCUUUCCUCUAUAGCUGAUGAGGAAUGGCAUUGUCAAAUGCUACAUUGUGAGGCUAUCAAAUGGGGAGCAUUGUUGAUACCUUCUGUUUUGAAUGCACUUUUGAGUUGCUACGUUUGUUGCGCUUCUUCGCCUUUGGUGGACACAUCGAAGUUGAUGGCUUCAGCUAGGAAGGUUUUUGAUGAGGUGCCUAAAAAUCAGGUAUAUGAACCCUCAUGGACUACCAUGAUUGCUGGUUAUGUGAGGAAUGAUGAUCUUGAUGCAGCGCGCGAGCUUCUUGAUGGAAUGACUUACCCGAUUGAUGUUGCUUGGAAUGCCAUGAUUUCUGGUUAUGUUCGCCGUGGUUUGUAUGAAGAGGCGUUUGGCAUGUUUAGGAGAAUGCAUUCCAUGGGAAUUCAGGAGGAUGAGUACACUUACACUAGUUUGAUUAGUGCUUGUGCUUCUUGUAAUGUGAGGAUGGGGAUGUUUAACUGUGGAAGGCAGGUGCAUGGUUAUGUUCUCAGGACAGUGGUCGAGCCAUCGGAGCGCUUUAUUAUGUCUGUUAACAAUGCUUUGAUUACUUUUUAUACUAAGUAUGAUAGAAUGGUAGAGGCGAGGAGAGUCUUUGACAAAAUGCCUGUAAGAGAUAUUGUUUCCUGGAAUGCUGUUUUGUCUGGGUGUAUCAACGCCAGGCGCAUUGAGGAAGCUAAUUCUAUUUUCAGGGAGAUGCCGGAGAGGAACGUGCUAACUUGGACUGUGAUGAUAUCUGGUUUGGCGCAGAAUGGUUUUGGAGAAGAAGGUUUGAAGCUGUUUAACCAGAUGAAGUCGGAGGGACUAGAACCCUGUGAUUAUGCUUAUGCUGGGGCAAUUACAUCUUGUGCUGUUCUUGGAUCGUUGGACAAUGGACAACAAAUUCAUUCUCAGGUGAUUCGAUUGGGUCAUGACUCGGGACUCUCUGCUGGCAAUGCACUGAUUACCAUGUAUGCGAGAUGUGGUGUUGUCGAAUCUGCUGAAUCUGUGUUUCUCACAAUGCCUUAUGUGGACCCAAUAUCUUGGAAUGCCAUGAUUGCAGCUCUUGCACAACACGGACAUGGUGUCCAAGCCAUUGAGCUUUUUGAACAGAUGUUGAAGGAAGAUAUAUUGCCUGAUAGGAUAACUUUUCUCACAAUUCUUACUGCUUGCAACCAUGCUGGCUUGGUCAAAGAGGGUCGCCAUUAUUUUGAUACAAUGUGUACUCGUUAUGGUAUUACCCCAGGAGAGGAUCAUUAUGCUCGUUUGAUUGAUUUGUUAUGCCGUGCGGGUAUGUUCUUAGAAGCAAAGAGUGUAAUCAAAUCAAUGCCUUUCGAGGCCGGUGCGCCAAUUUGGGAAGCUCUUCUUGCUGGUUGUCGGAUUCACGGUAACAUUGAAUUGGGUAUUCAAGCUGCUGACCGACUCCUUGAGCUUAUUCCACAACAAGAUGGAACCUACGUAAUCCUUUCCAAUAUGUAUGCUGCUUUAGGUCAAUGGGAUGAAGUGGCCAGGGUGAGAUUAUUGAUGAGGGAACGAGGAGUGAAAAAAGAACCUGGUUGUAGUUGGGUUGAGGUUGAAAAUAUGGUUCAUGUCUUUUUGGUUGAUGAUGCUAGGCACCCUGAGGUGCAAGCUGUGUACACAUAUCUGGAGCAACUGGUACAUGAAAUGAGGAAAUUAGGGUAUGUCCCUGAUACAAAGUUUGUAUUACAUGAUAUGGAAUCUGAGCAUAAAGAAAAUGCCUUGUCUACCCAUAGCGAAAAGCUUGCUGUUGUUUAUGGAAUUAUGAAGCUUCCUUUAGGAGCUACAAUUCGGGUUUUCAAAAACUUAAGAAUAUGUGGAGACUGCCAUAAUGCAUUCAAGUUUAUUUCCAAAGUAGUGGCGCGAGAGAUAGUUGUGAGAGAUAGGAAAAGGUUUCAUCAUUUUAGAAAUGGCGAAUGUUCAUGUGGCAAUUACUGGUAGGUAGAGGUUCUGUUUAUUGAUUAUCAUCAAGGGUUAAUUUCAAUAGGGAUCAAAGAAUUUAGAAUAUAUGAAAUGGAGCUUGGAGCUUUGGUAAUCAGAAAUUCAAAAUCGAGACAAAUAAUGGCCCCAAAAUGAUCUCCAAAAGGUUGAUCUAUGCCAAUGGACAUGCCAAAGCCAUUGAAAGGAUGUCAACGGUCCUCUGUUUUUGCGGUUGACAGGUCGGAAAUCUUUCUUCUGGCCUUCUCCUAUUGCACCCCUUUUGCAUGUGAAUGCUAAAGUUGAUUAUUUCUAUUUCAAGUAACUGGGAAUGUAGAUAGUGAGAGAAACCAAUUAAUUGUUUGUAUUGCAACUCUAUAGCAAAUGCCAUGUCAUAUGUGCUAUCAUUGUUACUCCAGUUUCCUUUAUUUUUCUGUCACAGGUUUUGGUUCAUAUGUUUGUAUGCAUCGUCAGGUACAGCGAUUCAACACAGUAUCAUCUGGUUGGUAGCUGUAGUUUUGUUGCAUGCCAUCUUGGCUGUCAUGACUUUGGCAAGCUGGAAAGAGCAGUGAGGCAGUGCCAAUGUCGAAGCUACUUUGUUAUGAAAAAGGUACAUAAUUUUGUGACCUGUCAUUGGCUUUCUGUUCAGUGCUCAUCAAUGUGAAAGUGUCUGGGAAGCUUUAGCUAGACUCUCUGUUAGCAUGACUUUCUGCAAAGGGAAAGUGAGAUUAUUAAUCCUACAAUAUUUACUGAAGUUUAUGUGAAUUGAAACUUCAAUUCACAAAAAGCUAAAGGUGGAUUUGUUGUUGCCUGAUAAUUUUAUAAAGAAGCUCACUUUAGAGGAGCUUUUUCAAACCAACAUGUGGACUAUCCAAUAUGUUGUCGAUCCUAAUCGAACUAUCUGAGGGUGCACAAACAAGAAAAGAAGCAUUCUUUAUGGAGGACUACUUAUAUUGUUAUUGUGUUUCCAAAGUUGGAGGCUUUGAAUCAAAAACAGCAGUGAGAACAUCCUGAUUGCACACAUAUGCUUCUUUUCAAAAGUGCUAGACAUUGGUGCCAAAGUAAUGACCUUCACAGUGUCUCCUUCUGAACGAGUUACUGGGUUCUGCUGUUUUUUGGGGCUACCCCAAGAACCUGAUAUAAAUUUAAUAAAUUAGUAUCAUAUUUAUCUUAUCAUACAUGAAGUGAAAAUCAUAGAUAUAUCAUAUAUCUAUCUCUAUAACACGUAAAAUUGAGAAUUGGAUUUUAUACUGUGUCUUGUCAGCAGUGUUAAUACCAAAAUCUGUAAUUAUAACAAUUUUGUGCUUACCUUUGUCUCAUGUUCAAUGAGUACCUCUUCAUUAACUUUUUUA